GCAGACCGGCCAUGCGCCGCCGCGCCGGUUUGGGCGCCAUCCAGCGUCAGCGUGAUGCCCAGUCCAAGUACUCGGCGAAGCGCGCCGAGCUGGAGGAGAACCAGGUGGAGGAGCUGAGUCGGCAGCUGGAGACGUUCCGCGCGCACCUGCAGCAGUUCGCCGGUCGUCACCGCAGCGAGAUACGACGCGACGCGCGCUUUCCUCGCCGCCAGUUCCAGGAGAUGUGCGCCGCCAUCGGCGUCGACCCGCUCGCCUCCAACAAGGGCUUCUGGUCGCAGAUGCUCGGCGUCGGCGACUUCUACUACGAGCUGGCGGUGCGCGUGGUGGAGGCGUGCCUGGCGGCGGCGCCGCGCACCGGGGGCCUCAUGCCGCUGGAGGAGCUGCGGCGCCGGCUGCAGCGCGCCGGCCAGCAGGAGGUCAGCCAGGACGAUCUGUUGCGCGCCAUCAGCAAGCUGCGUGUGCUCGGCACGGGGUUCCAGCUGCUGCGGCUGCCGGGGGACCGGCACUUGGUGCAGUCGGUGCCGGGCGAGUUGAGCGGCGACGCGACGGCCGUGUUGGAGCGCGCCCAGGCGGCCGGCGGACGCGUCACGGCUGCCGAACUCGGCUGGAGCGCGGACCGCGCCCAGCGCGCCAUCCAGCAGCUCGUGCGCGACGAGCUCGCCUGGGUGGACGAGCAGACUGGCGGUGACGACGAGUACUGGUUUCCCAGUCUGUUCCCAGGGCUGAGCGAGUCCGAGUGAAUGUGUGGAGGGGAGGGGGGUGGCAGUUGUGGAUGGCACUGCGGGACGUUGAUAAGACUGAUGAUUGUGCGGUUUCACUUGAUAUUGUGGCGCAGAGAGAGAGAGAGAGAGAGAGAGAGAGAGAGAGAGAGAGAGAGAAGA